AUGCCCCACAACAUUGCACAAAGGUUCAAGGACUAUACAAUUCAGGAGGGUCUACUAUUGUAUCAAGGAAGAGUAGUUGUGCCAGAUGAACCUGAGAUCAAACAGCAGCUCUUAUCUCACUUCCAUGAUUCUCCUGCUUCUGGUCACCAAGGAAGAGCACAAACUCUAGAGUUAAUCAGUUGUCACUACUACUGGCCAGCAAUGAAAUUCCAAGUCAAUUGCUAUGUGGAGUCUUGUGAAAUCUGCCAAAGAAGCAAGGGCCAUGCACACAACUAUGCUCUCAACCUGCUUUCUGUCCCUGCAGGUCCCUGGGAAGACAUCUCAUAUGAUUUCAUUGUCAAGUUUAAGUGUAAGGGUUAUGACAGCAUCCUGGUGGUUGUAGACCGCUUCUCAAAGAUGAUGCACCUGAUUCCCUGCAAAGAAACUGCUACUGCUGAGGAUGUUGCUCAGAUGUUCCUGGAGCAUGUCUGGAAGCUACAUGGGACUCCCAAGCGCACUGUGUCUGACAGAGGGACUACAUUCAACUCCAAGUUCCUCAAGGCACUCUACAGAUCUCUGCAAAUCACUCCUAGUUUCUCUACUGCUGACCACCCACAAUCUGAUGGGCAAACUCAGAUCAAGAACCAAUGGCUAGAGGCUUACCUACGUCCCUUCAUUAAUCAUAGACAGUCUGAUUGUGUUGAUUGGCUCCCACUGGCUGAAUUUGCUCACAACAACGCCAGAAGCAAAGCAACAGGCAAAUUGCCCUUUGAGAUUGUGUAUGGACGUUCUCCUGUCAUUUCACCACUCCUGGAACCCACUGGAUUGCCCAUUGCUGAUGACAGAGCCAAGCAACUGGCUGAGACAAUUCAGGAAGUACAGGCAUCAAUCAAAUGGGCUCAGGAGCGUUACAAACAGGCAGACACAGGGAAACCACCUCCUGAGUUUCAACCAGGAGACAAACAUCCCAACAAAAAGCUAGACCAUAAGCAGUAUGGCCCUUUCCCUGUCAUAGAAAGAGUGGGCUCUCACGCCUAUUGCCUGGCUCUCCCUGAGACCAUGAGAAUCCAUGACGUGUUCCAUGUCAGCUUAUUGUCUGCUUUCAAACAAGACACAGAGUUUGAUUGCACAUUCACCCCUCCGCCGCCUGUGAUCACAGCAGAAGGAGAAGAAGAGUACAAAGUAGACAAAUUUGUAGAUUGGGCAGCAGAAGACAGAAUCUGGAAGUACAGGAUGAGAUGGAAGGGAUAUGCGCCCCAUGAGGACACAUGGGAACCAGCCAAGGAUCUACAGCAUUGCAAGGACAAAUUGCGCAACUUCUUUGCCAAUUACCCGGAUGCUCCAGCAGCCAACAACGCCAUCCCUGCAAAUGCGCGCAAAGUUAGAAGAGGGAAGAUAGUCAAGCAACACAGCAAGUCCAAAACUGCUUGCUUUGUCACUUUACAAGCUCUUGCUGCCAAAACUUGCCCUGCUAAGCUCUUCUUGCGCACUCCUCUGUCCCAGCAUGCCCAUCUUCAGCUCCUUCAAUGCCUUGGCCUACAACCCCUGCCUCAACAUCAAUUGCUACAUCAUGAAUGGCCCAGAGGAGAUGAAAGCACACCUAGACAGCUCUGCCAACAUAAUUUACACUCUGAUGAGCGCCAGCAGUCACAACAAGGUCAGGUUCUUCAAGCGCAGGGAGAAGAAGGGCCAGAUACACUGUAUGGAAAGCAAGUAUACUGCUGGUGUCACUUCAUUGCCUCCCAUCUAGGUGCUUUCAGGGAUCUGGCACAAUGGCAUUGCCAUGGGUUUGCUACCCCACCCCCUACAGUCUCCACACCUCCAUCUGCAAGAGAGCUAACCCAGGCAAUGCAGAAACUCAUUCUGCUUUGCCCAGCAGACCCACCAGCCUACAUAAGCAGGCCAGCAACGCCAGUGACCCCUUCAGCACACCCAGACACUCCCAGGCCAACAGAGGCGCAUGCACCAGCACCCUUACCCUUCCCCCUGUUCUCCAGCACACCAGACACUUGCUGGACCCCAGGAUACUUGUCUCCAGUGAGAGAAACACAAUGGGAGCCUCAGAGCUACCUAGGAUGGGGCAAUGAGGAGAUAAGAAGGAAUGUGGAAACAUUUGAAGGCAGGGAGAAUGAGGAACUGUUUAGUUUUGAGGAGUUACUAGCUAUUGAUUGUUCUGAAUGGAUGUAA